UUAUAAAACCACAGGUGUUUCGAGUGAAGAAGAAGGAAGUCUUAAGAAAGCUUAGACCCUCUUCCAGCUGCUGGUUUAACACUCUUUAACAAUGUCGCUUUAUAAUUUUUUGCUGAGUUUUGACCUCAAGUUGAUGUUCUUGUUUAUUUUUGUUUUAAUACUAAUAGCAGACUUCCUCAAAAACAGGAGUCCUCCAAAUUUUCCUCCAGGACCAUUUGCUCUUCCCUUUGUGGGAAGUUUCUUCAGUGUGGACCAUAAAUAUCCACACAUUUAUUUUACCAAGCUGGCUGACAUCUAUGGGAAGGUGUUCAGUAUCCGCCUCGGCAGGGACAAUGUGGUGUUUGUGUCUGGGUACAAAAUGGUGAAGGAAGCCAUUAUAACACAAGCCGAGAACUUUGGGGAUCGACCGUACAGCGCAAUCGGUGACAGAGUUAACUCAGGACCCUCAGGUGGGCUGAUCAUGAGCAGUGGUGAAAUAUCGAAGAGACAAAGACGCUUUGCCUUGUCAACUUUACGUAGCUUUGGCCUGGGAAAAGGCAUCAUGGAGGAGAGUGUCUGUGAGGAAGUCCGACACCUGCUGGAGGAGAUAGAGAGAGAGAAAGGUCAACUAUUCAGCCCAGCAGGCCUCUUCGACAACGCUGUGUCCAACAUCAUUUGCCAGCUGGUGAUGGGGAAACGCUUUGACUACAGCGACCACAAAUUCCAGGCAAUGCUGCAGUAUCUGUUCGAAAUGAUCUCGCUGCAGGGUUCUUUGUGGGGUACGCUGUAUGAGUCAUUCCCUAGAGUGAUGAAGCACUUGCCGGGUCCUCACAACAAAAUUUUCAGCCAUAACAAGGUCCUCCUUGACUUCAUUGGUGAGGAGGUAAAGAUGCACAAGAACAACGUGGACCACAACAAUCCCCGGGACUACAUUGACACCUUCAUCACUGAAAUUGAGAAUCACAAAGACUCUGAGCUGGGCUUCACUGAGACCAAUCUGACUGUGUGCUCUCUGGAUCUGUUCCUGGCUGGAACAGAGACAACCUCCAGCACUUUGCUGUGGGCCUUGGUUUUCCUUAUCAAUAACCCAGAUAUCCAGUACAAAGUCCAUGCAGAGAUAGACCAAGUGAUUGGACAGACCCGCCAGCCCACUAUGGCAGACAGACCCAACAUGCCCUACACUGACGCUGUCAUCCAUGAGAUCCAGAGGAUGGGAAACGUCGUUCCUCUCAAUGGAUUCAGAGUGGCUGCCAAGGACACAACACUGGGCGGUUACUUCAUACCCAAGGGUACACUCUUGUUGCCCAACCUGACCUCUGUGCUGUUCGACAAGACAGAAUGGGAGACUCCAGACAGCUUCAACCCAGGACACUUCCUAGAUGCUGAGGGAAGGUUUGUGAAGAGAGAAGCUCUCCUGGCUUUCUCUGCAGGGAAACGGGUGUGUCCCGGAGAAAGCCUUGGCAAGAUGAUGCUAUUCUUGUUUUUGGUCAGUUUACUACAGAGGUUCUCUUUCUCUGUUCCUGAUGGGGUAGAGCUGAGUACAGGGGGAACUACUGGCCUUACACAUGCACCGCAGCCCUACAAGGUUCACGCCAAGGCUCGCUGAAUUAUGCAACUGACAAGACUCAGCAAAACACCUAAGGAGAGAAAUCUGUAGUGACUUAACCUUUCACUGUUGUAUGAUUGCCUCAUGUGCUGAGGACCUGUUUAUUCUUUCCUGUAUUUAUUUCUGGGUGAUAAACAGUGUUGGGGGAAGCAUAGCUUUACAAGCUAUCAAUUACAAUAAAACUACCCUAAUGUUAUAGUUUAGUUCAGUACACUUAACAAAGUUUGCCCUGGAAGUAUUACAUUCUCACUUAAACUUAAACACAUCAAAUAAACUAUAAAAAUGUACAAUAUACUAAUACUGUAUUUAUCUAUCUGACAAGCUGUUGGAUCUUUAACAACAUGGUCAUUAACUUAUGACAUUGAUAACCUGUUGAUCCAUUAGGAGUUAUAUAACAGCAAUGCUUAUACAACAGGAGAUUAUGAUAUAUAAUGCAUUAUUAGAUUAUGAUGUCUCAUACAUUAGUUCCACGUGAUUUCCUUCACAUGUCACAAAAUCAAAUAUCACUUAAACACAAAUCAAAGCCUCAGUUCAAGUCAAGUCUAGAUUAACCUCAAUAUCCAACAUUAACUUAGUGAAAGUAGGAAAAACGAUCCAAAAACUAAACAUUGUUUUCGCUAUUAGCCUCUUUGAUUUUGUUAUGACUAAAUGAUAAAUAUAUUCUGUAUGAAUACGAGCAUUUAUCUUCAUCUAAAGCUAUGAAAUAUAGCAUAUAGUAAAUACAAGUCUGUUUUAUGUUUUAUUCUGUUCUUAAAUCAAUAAAGGAUUUUCCCAGA